GCUUGGUGCUCAUCUCAGCUGCCCACCAUGGUCCUGGGACUGCCCAGCACUGCCAGCCUGGCACGCUUCUGCCAGAAGCUGAACCGGCUGAAGACACUGAAGGAGCCCACCACGGAGACGUUGCCACAGCGCCACCUGACCACACUGCAGCUGACCCUGCUGGGUGUGGGUGGCAUGGUAGGCAUGGGUAUCUAUCUACUCGCUGGCACUAUGGCCAAGGAGAUGGCUGGCCCUGCAUUGCUCGUGUCCUUUGGCGUGGCCGCCAUGGCCUCCCUGCUGGCAACCUUAUGCUAUGCAGAGUUUGCAGUGCGUGUGCCCUGUCCUGGCAUAUUCUACCUGUUCACCUACGUGUCCAUGGGUGAGCUGUGGGCCUUCCUCAUCGGCUGGAAUGUGCUCUUUCAGUGCCUAAUUGGUGGCGCUGCCGUGGCCCGCGUCUGCAGCACCUACCUGGAUGCCAUCUUCAGCCAUCGCAUCCGCAGCUUCAGUAACCCACGUGGGCAUCUGGCAGGUGCCCUUCCUGGCCCAGUACCCAGACUUCUUGGCUGCUGGCAUUGCAUUUGGCCUCCUUAUUCAUCACCUGUGGAGCCCGUCUCUUCCUGGCUCAACUACGUCUUCUCUGCCAUCAACCUUGUCAUCAUCCUCUUCAUCAUCAUCCUGGGGUUUGUCCUGGCCCGCCCACACAACUGGAGUGCUGAGGAGGGUGGCUUUGUGCCCUUUGGUUUCCCUGGCAUCAUGGCUGGUGCUGCCACCUGUUUCUAUGCCUUUGAGGGUUUUGGUAUCAUUGCUGCCUCCAGCAAGGAGGCCCAGACACCAAAGCGAGCUGUACCUAUGGCCAUCACCAUCUCAGUUGGUGUAGUGGCUGGUGCCUACAUCCUCGUCUGCACUGUGCUCACCCUCAUGGUGCCCUGGCACAGCCUGGACCCUGACUCAGCAUUCGCAGAUGCCUUCCACCAGCGGGGCUAUAGCUGGGCGGGCUACUUCGUGGCAGCUGGCUCCAUUUGUGCCAUGACAAGUGUCCUGCUCAGAAUUCUCCAUUUCCUGCCACAAACGAUGUGUGCCAUGGCCAUCGAUGGGCUCUUCUUCCAGGUGUUUGCCCACAUGCAACCCCGGACCCAGGUGCCUAUGGUGGGCCUCUUGGUGUUCGGGGUCCUCAUGGCUUUCCUGGCGCUGCUGCUGGACCUCCAGGCACUCGUCCGGUUCCUGUCCAUUAGUGCACUGCUGGCCUAUACAUUUGUGGCCACCAGCAUUAUCAUUCUACGCUUCCAAAAGGCCCCUCCAUCCAGUUCUCAGGACUCAGGCAGCCCUGAGGGCACAGAGCAGGACUCAGCCCCUGAGCCUGGGCAGCUGCGAGCCGCCCUGAGGCCCUACCUCCGCUUCCUGGGUGGGUGCAGACCUGGAGCCACUGUGGCCUGGGCCCUCGGUGUCCUGGUGGCCUCAGCCAUCACUCUGGACUUCGUGCUGGUCUUCCAGGACACGGCCCUGCACCUCCCACCCUGGGGCUACACGCUGCUGCUCCUGCUCAGCUCCGCCACGUUUCUGCUCAGUCUCCUCAUCCUGGGGGCCCACCAGCAGCAGCGCCUGCCAGACACCUUUCAGGUUCCCAUGGUGCCCCUGACUCCCGCCCUGAGCAUCCUUCUCAACAUCAUCCUUAUGCUGCAGAUGAGCUACCUGACCUGGCUGAGCUUCUCCAUCUGGCUGCUGAUGGGACUCGUGGUGUAUUUUGGCUAUGGCAUCUGGCACAGCAAGGAGAACCAGCAGGAGCAGCCGGGGGUGAUGGCCACACGCUACAUGGUGGUCCCCAGCAGCAGCUUGGAGGUGACGGUGCAGGCCGUGCAGCUGCCCAGUCAGGCACCGGCCCAGGAGCCCGGCCACAUAGAGCAGCCCACCAGUCCAUGAGGACUGCUGGGGUCCUGCCCUCCCUCCCCCACCUCUUCAGGAGCCCAGAGGGGCUGGCAGCCCCUCUAUCCGAGGCAGGUCUGGUGGGCAGACCUGAACAUGCCAGGAAGUCCUCAGGACCUCAGGAUCUUAGCCCAGGUGCUGUUUUUCAAGUCAUUGGGAGUGGGCCGUGGCCAGCGCUGGUGUGGUGGACUCUGCUCAGCACCUUCCAGUUUAUGACGAAGUCCAGCUACCAGGGCAGGUGCAGUAGGGCGGGCAGGGAAGAGGCCUGAGCCCCAGGGAUCCACAGUAAUCACUGCUCAGAAAGCCACAUAGCCUGUUGCCAUGUCCACUGUGGCCUCUUUGUGGCACUAAGUCCUUAAUGCCCCUGGGAACCAGAUGAUUGUUCAGGGAAAAAAUCAAAGAUGCUGGGGUUCUGUAAGGGGGAAGUGCCAGCCCUGGGACAGCCCUGAGUCAGGAACACGGCCAGGCCUGGGUCCCACUGUCCAGCCCUCAGACCAGUGAACUCUGGUCAGCUUUUAAGAGAGCAUUACACACCAGGCACAGAGGGAUCCAAGACAGGGUGAGGAACCUCUCAGGUUCCCCACCUGUCCCCUCAGGGCCACAUCCAGAGAGCAGCGUCUAGACCCCAAGGAGGCCUCCUAGAAAGGGUGGUGGAGUCUGGGGUUCCCAUCAGUUUCCCAGGGCCCCCAGAGAGCAGGGCAUAUGCUGACACAUGCCCCGGAUGGAGAGGCCCCCUGCCCAGGCACACACAUCUCUCAGGCCCAGGCCCACAUGGCACACAUGGUCCCCUGGGUGUGCACCCACGUGCAGACUGAGGCAGCAGCUGUUUCCCAGCCCAAGGCUAGCUGCAGCUUCCAGAAACCUCUCUCCCUGCUGCCCCCUCAGGGCUUUGUGACAAAGGCUCAGGAUGGGACACACGCGGGUAGGUGGGUGCACAAGCACCUGGAUCUGCUCCAGGGACCUUCCACCCAUCUGUGGUGGUGUGGCCCCAUCCUUGGGGGUCCCCAGGCCCACCCUGCACUCCCCAUGGUCUCCCCAAGGCCAUGAUCCAUCUACCAUAGACCCCUCCCCCUCCCUGUUCCUGCCUGUGAGGACCACACAGGAAGCUGCUGGCUUUGGCGGCUUUACUCCUCCACUCUCUGCAGCCUCAACAUCACUUUCUCGGGGCCCCAAGGACAACCAGGGACACGUGACCCCACUCCAAUAACCAGGCCUCAGGGCUGUGACCUCUCACCCCAGCCCUUCUGAACCCAGCUCCCAUGGACACUGCCUUGGGGGUGAGAGGCAGCAGGGACCCCAAGGCUUUGCUGAGGCUCCAGGUGCCAGAUGAUUCCAGACACUACCCAGCCUGAGCCCCAGGCCUCCCCUCCCCAGCCUGGCCCAUGUCGCUCCACCAGCAAGCUGCCAGCAUGGCCCUGCUCACCAGGGACCCAUGAGGAGGCAGCCCCUUGUCUCCCUGGGGUGGGUACCCCAAACCCUGCCUCUCCCUGGUACCCAGAGAGGGCUUGACUCUUGAAGCCCCAUCCCUCCACUCCUGACCAUGGGCCCAGGACAUGGGGAAAUUCUCCAGCAGGCAGGACUCAGGCCCCCAGGAGGAUUCCAGAGCCAGA